GCAUCCUCGACAAUAUCACACCCAUGCCUGCCUUAUAAUCGGCAUACACCUUCAUCUUUUAUACUUGUACUGCCGUUGUACCGCCCAUCUCCAUUGGCUUGUACAUGUGUCAAGUACAUUAAUCCAACGUGCACUCCCUCCUGUAUCCUCUGUUACCCAAGUAUCCAUCUAUGUAGGCAGGUAUCCGCUGAACCGCAGCCGCAAGCAGCUGACAACUCCUUACUCUCACUGAUUGCUGGGCACUCGCACUCGCACACACACGCCGGACUCUUGUCUUGUAGCCUGCCCAAACUCUCCGUACGGACUGCACCACGGCGCCUAUUUGCUUCCUUUGCUAUAUUUACCCUCUCCUUCCCUCUCCCUAUUCUCCCUAUUUCUCUCACAGACGAAGAGCAAUGUAGAAUUCAUGUGCAAAUCACCGCGCAUGCAUCCCCCCCAUCCUUUGACCCCAUUUCACUCAUGCCCCCCCACACACACGUACAUUGAACAGAAUCAACAAACCACUCUCUUUCCAAUGCGCCACCACCCAUUGUUUUUAAGGGGAAAGCACCGAGUCCACUAGUUCUAUACGAAACCAACAAUGAUGAUAAUAAUUUCUCUUU